UUGUUUCCUCCAAAGCUUGAGUUUGACGGCUACCCUUUCUGAAAUCCUCUUCGUCUUUGCCUCCAUCCACCACUCCUAAAACCCAAGCUGAUUUCUGUACCCUAAAUUUCAGCUUCUUACUCCUCUCCUUUUCUAAUUUAUCUUUCUCCUCCCUUCUGAAAUUAAGGGUAUUCAGGUUGCGAUUUGGAUACGAGGGUUUUGUUUGUCACUGAGAAGUUAAUUUUUGGCACCAUUUGAUUAAAUGGGAGACCCAACAGUUUUAGAUACUAUACUCCGUCAUCUUCGUUCGACAUGCAAGUAUUAUACCGGGUUCCCAAAAGAUCUUGGGCCUUCCAGGGUCAUACAUUUUACAUCUGAACGUGAGUUUGUCCAGCUCCUUCAUGAAGGCUAUCCAGUUGUGGUUGCUUUUACGAUCAGGAGUAACUACUCAAAGCAUCUUGACAAAGUAUUGGAGGAAGCUGCGGUAGAGUUUUAUCCGAAUGUGAAAUUUAUGCGUGUUGAGUGCCCAAAGUAUCCCGGUUUCUGCAUUUCACGGCAGAGGAAGGAAUAUCCAUUUAUCGAGAUGUUUCAUAGCCCAAAACAAGCAUCCAGCCAGGGAAAGAUUGCUGAUUCUAAUGUGACAAAGUACUCAGUGAAGGUUAUACCUUUUAACUAUGACACCAGUGCCUACGGAUUCAGGGAGUUUUUUAAGCGUCAUGGGAUAUAUGGUCGUUGAAUCAAAAGUAACACCAACACGUGGGUAAAGCGCAUUAAGCCUUUUUAAUUUAUUAUAUGUAAUUUGAACUGGUGUAUGCUGUACAUGGUGAGAUGGAAACUCCAUGUCUUUACGCCCGAUGAAAAAGUAGAUCCCAUACAGUGUAGUAUUUUAUGUGUUGGAAUAUACAAUCACAAGACUCUCCUGGCCUUGAAGAUGCCGGAGAACAGCUUGCUUAUGCUGCCGUCCUGUAGCCGACUGUGCUUCACCUGCAGAGCUGGGAACGCACACAAGAAGGCUACUGGGUUGUCACCGCUGUGUGCAUUUGCAGCAUCGGCAAAACCAGGUGAGGAAGGGGGUCGGCGGCUGUGAGAUUAAUCGGAGGGGCAGAAGAGGAAACCUUUUUUUUAUAUCUUUCUUUUUACGUGUCUUUUUGGUUAAAUUACAUUUUUAGGCCAACACACUCUUACAUCAUUGUGUACUAGAUAUGAUGUGAUAAGGAAAAUUAGUUAGACAUGGAAACUCCUAUUUUGACA